AUGCCUGAAUUUGGCGGCGGCGCGCUCGACACCCCGCGAACAAACGUUGGGGAUGCCACUUACCUUGGACAGCCCGACUUUGGCGACAUCACACAAGAAGCAUCUUUUCAGUCACCUCCAAAGGAGGACAACCUAUUGCAACAACUUCGUAAUGGCCGUUCCAACGGUAUCAACCUUCGCACCCCACGCCAGAGGGGACCCUUAGCCGACCGUCGAAAUCUACCCCCCAGUGUUGGAGGUGCCGAAUUUACCCCAUUACUCAAGUCAGCGACCAGAAAUAGCGUGCGACGCUUCGGAAAAGAGAAUGGCACUGCCGUACCGAAUACGCCCGCAUUGGACAAGAUCGAUGAGGGUGACUUAACCCCAGUUCCCCGCGGCGACACGUCUAUAUAUCUUGGAUCGCGUAAUCAGUCCUACAUGGAAAACACCAUACCUGAGGUUGACACUAGUAGCGCUGCUUCGACCCCGUUGGCUGCCCCUCGGAGAAGAGGUGGUGAUAAGGGACCCCUCCAAGAUGGCAACCAGCUUUCACUGCGAGAGCAGGAGAAUGUGAUUGAUAGAAUCGAAAAGGAGAAUUUCGGACUGAAACUCAAGAUUCAUUUCCUUGAAGAGGCCCUUCGAAAAGCUGGGCCUGGCUUUAGCGAAGCCGCCCUCAAGGAAAACACCGAGCUCAAGGUCGACAAAGUCACGAUGCAAAGAGAGCUCCACAAAUACAAGAAGCAUCUCACAACAGCUGAGAAGGAUCUGGAGAGUUAUCGACAGCAAAUGCUCGAAGUCCAGGACAAGGCGAAACGAAAGUACGCCAACCAAAACAACCAAGCCGAGAUGGAAAAGUUACAACGCGUGUUAGAGGAUCGCGAAGCAGAUAUCGAAGAUCUUCAACGCCAGCUGCGCCAACAGAAAGGAAACAGCGAUCAGGUCGACAAAUUGCAGGACGAUAUCGGCGAUCUCGAGGCGGAUAUUCAGGAGAAGGAUCGAUUACUCGGCGAGCGUGAGGACGAACUGGAAGACCUGAAAGAUCAAAUUGAAGCUCUCAGGGACACGGUGGGUGAAGCGGAAGAAAAGGCCUUGGAUGCUCAGCGCAAAAUGCUGGCUUUGGAGGAGAAGACACAACCCAAGCACAAUGAUGAGCUGGAGGAUGCCAAGGAUACAAUUCAAGACCUUGAACACAAUAUUCGCCGUCUUGAAGAACAGGUUGAGGAAGCGAGGACCAAAAUGGAGGACGCUGUGGCCGAGAAGGAGCGAGCUGAGAAUGAUCUCGAAGAGCUUCAGGAAAACAUGGCCAACAAGUCAGUGAUAACCAAGGGACUUUCUCGUCAGAUUGAAGAGAAGGUCGCUCGUUUGCAGCAGGAAUUGGAUCAAGCCGGUGAAGAUUAUGCGACUUUGGAAAAAGAGCAUGGCCAGACGACUCAAGAAAACAAUUCCCUGCAAUCCACUGUCAAGGAGCUCAAGAAGAGUCAAGACAAAUUUGAUCGCGAACGAAACUCUCUAUCAACAAGAAUUGAGCAACUCGAGACCGACCUCGACUCUCGAACUGACGAAAAGAACAUGCUUCAAUCCCGACAUGAGGCGCUUACAUCCGAGUCUAAAUCCAUGCAAAAGGAAAUCGAGAAACUGGAGAGGGAAGUCCAAGAUCUUGAAGAUGGUCUCGCGGAGGAGCGAGAGCAUGCGCUGGAGAUCGAGAAAGACAUUCGCGGCCAAUACAAGGUCGAAAUGGAUCGCCUCAACGACGAAAUUUCAGAUCUCCAAGCCGAAAUCCGCGAGAAAGAUAACCUUUAUGAUAACGAUAGUGAGAAAUGGGAGAUGGAGAAACAAACUCUUGAAUCGGAGCGGCACCGUGCUGAAGAAAAAGCAUCAGGCUUGCAAAGAACCAUUGAUCGCCUCAGGGAAGCCGAGGGAACACUCUCAGACAAGGAGUCGAAGCUGCAAGAAGCCAUUCAAAGCGAAGUUGAGCGACACAGGAGUGAAGAGGGUAUUUUUACACGACAGAUCGAAGAUCUUCAGGAUGCUCUUGAGACUCGACAGACGUUACUAACGAAUCUACGCAACGAACUUUCCACAGUACGUGAUGAGCUAAGGCAGACACAAAUCGAACACCAGACUCAAGCUCGAAAGGUCACUGCACUGGAAGACGAGGUGGAUGUUCUGCAAACAACUUUGGAUGAAGAGCAAAAUGCCGGACGUUAUGAAGCUGAUGCUGCCAAGCGAGAAUGUGAAGAUUUGAGAGAACAGCUAAAAUCUUUACGGCAACGGACCAAUUCAUCUCAAGCUGCAUCGACGCAGGUGCUCAACAAGGAAAUCGACGACCUUAGAGAGCAACUGAGAGAGGCACGUAAACGCGCAGAUCUGAAUGAAGGUGCCAGUCUUGAGGUCGAGGAUCUGAAGGAACAGCUCAAGGCCUUGCGGCAAAGAGCAGGCUCGUCUCAAGCUGCCAACCAGGAGAUUGAUGAUCUCAAAGAGCAACUACGAGCAGUGCGACAACGUGCAAGUGCUACAGAAGUUGCAAACAUUGAGAUCGACAACCUCAAAGACCAAUUGAGAGUCUUGCGUCAAAAGGCCGGAUCAUCAGAAACAGCUCACUUUGAACUCGAUGAUCUUAAGGAGGAGCUCAAGAUAUGGCGUCAACGAGCAGAAUCAGCCCAAGCUGCUAUCGCCACCUCGGAGCAGGACGCCCAACAAUCUACAGAAUCCGUAACACGGCUGAAGUGGCAGCUUUCAGAUGCAAACUCACAAUUGGAGAAACUCUCUAAAGAGAAGGUGUCUCUCCAGGACCAAGUAGCAAAGAUCAAUGUUGAAUUACACUCUGUGGGUUCCUCACUGGCUGAAGUAAAGGCGGAGCGAGACGAGCUUGAUGGUGAACUUCGCCGAACGAAACUAUACGACAACGAGACCCUUCGUGUUGACCAGGAGAGACUUGACCUUCGCACAACCAAACUCAAGCUCGAUAAUGAAGUGCGUCGCCUGAAGGAUGAGAACAAGGCCCUGAUCGAGCAGCGUGGUGUGAUUGAAAAGACUCUUGAGGAAGAGAUCGAGAAGGCUGCCGAGGAGGAAGAGCGCCUAGGUCAGGAGGUGCUUCAGCUGCAGACUAAGCUACGGCAAUCCUCCUCGACAGAUAGCCAAGAUAUUGUUGCUGCUCGACGCACCAUUCGUGAGCUUGAGCGUCGUGUCGAAGAUUAUGAAGCCCAGCUCAACACUCGCCAAAUACCUAACAACUUUGAGGGCAACAGCGAGCUGUCAUUAAUUCGCAAGGAUCUCUCUACAGCUCGUCAGAAGGAACUGGAAUUUCUUCAAAAGGAGUCCACACACCGUGAUGUUGUCAAGGGUCUCAAGCGACAGAUUGCCGACCUUGAGCGCCAAGUGCAUGAGACUGAGGUUUCUCGUUUGAUUGCAUCUCCGAGAUCUUUUGCUAGCGACUCGGGUCGCAAGACAGAGGUUACAGAACUCCGAAGUCAGCUUUCUGCUGCGCAAAAAUCCAUCCAUGAUCUCAAAUCCAAGAACAGGGAUGCCGAGCGCAAAGCGCUACAAGUCUCUCAAGAAUUCCAGCGCCAACUGGACGACCUUGAGGACCAGAAGAUAGUACUUGAAGAGGUUCUCGAGGAGGCUAGACAGCAGGUUGAGGAGACGGCAGCACAACACGAGCGCGCUCUCCGCCGUAUGAAGCACCAACUUGACAAGUCAGAGCGUGAGCGCAAUGUCUUGGCCACAGUGCAGCCUGAUACUAACAAGCAUGACCGGCAAUUGAGAAAGAACAAGGCUGAAAUGGAGAACCUUGAGCAUGAUGUUCUUCAGCAACAAGAACUCAUCGAAAGUCUCGCCGCUUCCGAGGCUUCCCUCAGACGCAAGCUCGAGCGAGCCCGUAGCGAACGAGCGGCAUUCCGUAUGAGCGCCGAGAAGUUGCAGAAAGACCUUGAGCGCAUCAAGACCACAGCAGUCGCCGCUAGAGCGGAGACUUCAGGGCGACGAAGCGCUGUUGACCGCAAGGCUCUAGACAUCACUAUCGAGGGAGCUGACCAGGCUCUUGAGACGGUCAUCCGGGCAGCUGAGAGCGCAGACGAGCGCCACAAGAAGGAGUUGCGAGGCAUGUUCAUGCAGAUGGAGUGGAUGCAAGCGCGGUUCCAACGCGAAGCGUCUCUUCGAGCUGAUGCCGCGUAUGCAAAGAAGUUCCUCCAACUGCAACUUGAUGUCGCCAAUGCAUGCAACAAGGCCCAGCUCCGCGAACUCGAGGGUAUUCGCACCAAUCUUCUGGGCAACAAGAAGGCCCUUGCUAUACCUAGUCACGCAACAGCCAUCAACCCGUCCACCACAAAGCCUACCCUCAAGACUUUCCUCGUUAUGGCGCGUUUCAUUGCCCGUGCUCGCUUAUCGGCCAACAAUUGGGCUAAGCAAGAGGUUGUGCGUCGCAAACUCGUGGUCGCGACCGAAGAGCAGCGCAAGGUGAAGCGAUCAAGACAGCUCAAGGUUGUGAGGGCCGAAGCAUAA